AUGGAGAAUAAAAAGGUCGAUCGUUAUUACGCAUAUUUGAAAAGUAAACGUGAUGAAUUUAUAAAGAAUUUAAUUCGAAUUGGAGUGAAAUUAACAAACUUAUACGGUGAUGAUUUUGAUUUCGAUAGCUUUUACGAGUCCUUUGUUCCAUCGCGUAGCUUUUUGAAGAAGAAAAUUGAAGAAGAAUUAAGGAAAAGUUACCAAUAUUCAAUGACUGAGGAAAAACUUAAUGUGUCUAAAAAUAUUUGCAUUGAUUCUGCUUUAAUUAAUGCUGUAAAAGAUGAGUUCACAAAAUUGGAAAAUGAUUUUCAAGAGUUGCUUAAAAGCACAGAAUCAGACAAAGAACCGUCAAGAAACAAUGAGAUCCAUGUAGAAUCAAAAAGAUCUCAUACAGACUUUGAUGAAACGCUUCAUAAUGCUCAUCAAAUCACUCAGGUCAUUAAUCCUGGUGAACUCGCUAAAAUAUUCAUUCAAAAUUCUCGUUUCAAUAUUAUUCGAUCCAUGACGGACAAGCCAAAGUUUAACGAAGAUCCCGAAGCAAUUUACAUUUACCGUUCCAGAAAUUUUUAA